AUGACUGAAUCACUGAACCCCCCACUGUCCUACGAGGCAUCUGCGACCACCACGCAUCCUCAUGUCGCAACCUCCCUGCCGUCGGAGGUCAUCUCAUGUCUCAAAAACUCCCGCUUCCUGCAUUUGGCAACAUGUGAUGACAAAACACCCCAUAUCUCCUUGAUGUCCUACACCUAUCUCCCCUCGACCCCGUUCGACCCCCCCCCAACCAUCAUCAUGACCACGAACCCCGCAUCGCGAAAAACAAACCACCUCUUGUCCAACCCGCGAGUCUCCCUGUUGGUCCACGACUGGGUAUCACAUCGCCCGCCUACCCGGGCCACAGCACACGGUGAUCGCGAAGGAUCCCCUCCUCCCGCCGCUACCCGCUCGUCGCUUGCAAGUCUGCUGCUCAAUUUGAACACCAGUGCGCUCUCGAGCAUCUCGACUACUAUUUGUGGUGAGGCGAAGUUCUUGGAGUCUGGCUCGGAGGAGGAGUCGUGGUGCAAGGCUCGUCAUUUGGAAAAUAAUACCUUCGAGGAAGAAGAGAUCAAUCUCUUCGGUCAGCAGCAGCAACAGGAUCCCAAUCAAAGGCGACCUAGUGUCUCGCUUGAUACUGAUGUGCGUGUCGUUAUUGUGAGGGUUACUGAAGGCCGUAUUGCUGAUUGGAAGGGUGGUGUCCGUGACUGGGUUCUGCUUCCUGCUGAGCAGCAGGAUGCUGGGCUGGUCAAUGGCGUGGCCUCUUCUUAG